AUGUCCAAAGACCCAACAGCCAUCCGACAAGCGCUAGAACGCGCGCGGAAUUGCGAAGAUGGCUCAGUAGACGCGCAAACAACCGCCCUCCUCGAAGCAGCCAUUACAGAACUAUGGACGAGAAUCCAGCGCGAUCCGGAUACCUACGUCCUCACGCGAGAUGAGUUCGCCCUAUUCAACUACUUCCUCGAACGAUACCGCGGCUCAACCGUCGCUCAACAAGCCGUCGCGCGCUUUUGGAAUUCUUACGGUUCCCCGAAUGCAGACUUGAAAUAA